ACGUUCAUAAAGUUGGCUUCAAAUUCGGAUUCGGAUUCCAGCACCACAUUCGUGGAAAAAAUGACAAAAACGGACCCCUCAGAAUCGAUUUAAAUUAACAGGGUAGAUAGAGCAGGACAUGCUUAUUAUGAAAAUAAAUCACCUAGGCUUGGCACCCCCUAAGAACUGAGGAAUCUUAGGUCAAAGUUCAAGGUCAUUCUCGGCGGACCCUUUGGAUUCUCGUAAAAAUUGGUACAACUAUAGUCCAUGAAGAGCUGAUUUCAAAAAUAUCAGUUUCUUACUUUGGCAAGCAGCACGAACUGAUAUAUAGUAGGUCAAAGGUCAGAAUCAAGGUCACGUAUGUGUAAUACAGGAAGUGGAAGUGACCACGUGGCCAGGUGAGAAAGGAGGACCCCUUAGAUUUCAAUAGUUUUUUGCUCAAUGAUGCAACCAAUGUUGGAGAUGCUACUGCUGGUUUUUCUUGUUUUGGCAAGGUCAAACUACGGAGAAAUGACGGGUCAAAGGUCAAGGUCAUUUUUAGCGGACCCUUUCGAUUCACAUAUAACUUUGUUUGCCAAUAAAGUUUUUAAUGCUGGUUAUUAUUCUGCGUAUUGUUAGGUUUGGCAGGUCUUAAAUUAUUUUAAAAUAUUUAAAUAAUUUAACAUUUAAUUCACCUAUCCCAACAUGGCUACCGUGCGAGCACCUAUCAAAACCUUGAUGAAAAUAACAAACCGAAAGUCGGAGAAACGCGAUUUGACCUUGGACGUGCUCCGUGUCAGUGCACUGGCCUAAGGCGUGCUGAAGAACUUGAUUUGCCAGGACUCCCACGACCACGACCAUGGCUCCAACUGGUGGUGGUGGACGACCCCCUCUUGCUGAAAACACGCCUUCUGUCUCCAGCCUGGCACCGGGCAUUUUGGAGGCAUCCAGAGGAGGGCAUUCGCCAGCGAAAAAUAUCUUCUGGCUAUCUUCACUUUUACACCUGGAGGGAAAGCCAAAGAACCAAAAACAGCGUUUGGCAGCUGCAGCAAGGGCGAGUGCUCUCCGACGAAGUUUCAUCAGAGGCGGGACUUUCCAAAGAAGGCGACAAAGCGGCCUGUAGCGCCGUUGCCUCUGUGCCGGUGCAUGGAGAUGGCCGAGCCUGCCUCUGGGCCGCCGGCAGUGCUGAGACUGCAGAGGGUGCCAACGCCGGCCAACCUAUACCUGGCUGCUCUCCGCUAAUACGAUGUCGCGGAUUUUAUGCCUGGCCUGGCCGACUCGCCCAGCUACGGCGGCACGCUGUCUCUUUGCGGCCCGCUGCGGCGGCUGCUGCGCGCCGCGGACGAUGCGCGCGCGGCUGCGGCGGCUGGCCGCCCGGUGGCUGCCGUUUGAACCUACGUGCGUGCGCCGACUGGACAGGAGCUGGGACCGGCGGCUCACCACUCUGCACAUGGCCGAACUGUGCACUGCCACCGACCGAGGGCUUGGUAACAUAUUGUUUCUGGAAUGUUCACGGGUUCCACCCCUGCUCAAAGACUUAAUAAGUGCGCCGAAACUCGUCAGCAUCUUGGGAACUACACCGGAGUGCACCUGCUGCGGCUGCUGCUCGGACCGCCGUGCACUCUGAACGUCCGUAACCUGGUGUGGCACGGCUUUCUGGUGCUGGGGCUCGCUACGCGCCCUCUGCGGGGACGCCGUGCUCUGUCAGCUCUGCGACCUGCUCGUGUGGCCGGCCGGGCCGCGGCUGCGCGACCGGCUGGCGCACGGCGAGGUGGAGCCGGCGCGACUGCCGGCGCCGCUGGCGCACCAGCUGCUCUGGCUGGUCGGUCAGCUGCUGGUCACCACCGCUGACUGGGCGGAGCGGCAGCCGGCGCCGGCCGGCGGCACAGCGCAGCACUCUGGGGACGGGGCCGAGCAGCUCUAGACUAGCAGCGGCUCGUGGUUAACUGGUCCGACCUGGAGCCAGCCGGCCAUCAGAGAGCUGGAGGCAGCUGAUGAUUGUGAAAUGAGUGAGUUGGACAGCUGUGCCACGCUGUCAGACUCCCGUCGACUGCGACGAGUGUGGGACUCGCACGGGCUGUGUCACUGACCAAAAUACUCUUUUUAUGUGUGGUGACCGGUCAGACUAUUUGACACAGACUAGCCAGGGUGUGUCACGAACUUCUGACAGUGAACGCCAGUCAGUGCUUAGAUGUGGGGACGCGUCCAUCGAAUCGAGCGACGCUGAUGCACCGUGUGACAGUGUGCGUUUUCCGGGCGAGUUCGUUGCGCUGUGUGCCGGUCGUGCGCGGGACUGGUACCACCCGUCGUUCCACCAGUUCUCAGUGCUGCAGCGCGCCGUGCGCGAUCUCAGUGCCGCCGCCGAGGAGACUGUGCGCCGCGAGGUGCCGCCCGAGGACCGGCCGGCGCUGACCCGGCUGGAGCCGCUGGCUGACGGCGCGCUGUCGCUGCGUCCGCCGACCCUGCGCCGGCCGCGCCGGGAGGCCGAGCUGCAGCAGCUGGUGGUGGCCCUGGACGGCGCCUGCCCCCUGGUGGCGGGUGGCAGCUGCGGGAGCCACGUGACGCCGUCUGCGCUCUCGGCAGCGCGCCAUCUGGGGCCGCAUGCAGACCGCGUUGCCAGAGCUGCGUCGUCUGACGUCGGGUCUGCUGCGACUGGUGACGCGCCAGAGGACGCGCUGGUCACCGCCGCGAGCCCGGAUCGAGACGGACACGGAGACAGUUCCGAACGGAGCCUCCCUCACCAGGUCUCUGAAUGGAGCUGCGUUCCGGUGGGCGGCUGGCUGCGCUCUCUCGGUCUGGCCCAGUACGCCGACGCGUUCGUCGCCCGCUCUGUGGAUGGCGCCCGGCUUCUGGGGCUCACCGAACAGGCUAUGGAAGACGAGCCCGACGUCGGUCUCGACGUGGCGACCUCGAAGCCAGCGUGUUGGGUCUCGGCUUCCCGCCACUCACCGGCGGACCUUUCCGCUUCGUGGACCGCAUCGGUCCCGCACAGCUAGUCAAGGACAUGGAGCGCUUCGCCGUCGUCAGUGGCGUCGGCUUCGAGCCGUGCCUGACCGUGCACUACCAGGCCGCUAGCGGCACCAAGUUCUGUUCGGCCGGGCCUCGUGUAAUGUCCACAUGUGAUGACCGAGAGUAUACGCAUGUGAAGCCGCUCCGCGCGUGUGCCAGCGCUGGGCGUGUUCAGUUUCACAGUUAAUAUAUAACCCUGGUGAUCAA